AUGCUUCGUGUAGCAUGUGAUGUUGCGAAGUCUGUUACCACGUUCCUCCCCACCAAGGGCGAUCCAUCUCUCAGGGUAACCACCAUGUCGCAAACUUUGCCCUUGGAUAUAAUCAUCCUCAUUGCAGGCCACUUUGACUGUAAGGAUUCAACUCGGGCGCUUGGCCGCUUCCGACUCGUUUCACGAACACUCUGUGAACUCUUUCGGCCAUUUUUCUUCAAAAGAGUGUAUAUACGGACAGCGCCAUGCGACACCGCGGACGACGGCCAGGCUACGAAAUUUCUGCGUGCUGUCGAGAACAGCCGAAACGCAAGACAGGUAGAACAUCUGGUAUUCAAUGCGGUGGCUGACGACCAGAAUCUAAGCAUCAACGACAUCCUGCCUCUCCUGCCUGGCCUUCGCACAUUGAUCUUUACCUCCUUCACCAACUCUCACGUCCUUCCUAUUGAUGCACCGUUCUCUUUGACGCGACUUAUAUAUACGCACACCGGCGUCCCCAUCGACGUCUCGAAGGUGUAUACUUUCCUUCGCACGCAAACAUCGAUAGAGCACUUGGAAUUGGAUAUAGACAUGGACCACCGGCGCGCCCUUCCAGCGGCAUUUCUGACUCUGCCAAGAUUGCGCAUCCUUUACGGUGACCUCCCACAUAUCUACCCUGUACUUACUGGGGCAUCAAGUGACCUCUCCCAUCUAUGGGUGUACGGUUUCGAGGGAGAAAUAGCGAAGCGUGCCAUCGCCAACUCAAAUCGACUUCAAUCAAUUACGUUCCUAAGAUGCGACGGCAUGGACGAUACUAUGCCAGCCUUGUUUGCAUCAUUAUUUCCUAACUUAGAACUCUUGCAGCUGGAUUUUCCUUUACAACACGAUACACUCUACGAAGCUUUGGAAUAUUUCGUUCAAUGGUGUCGGGCUCCUCGGCUUAGAGGCAUUCGCUUCCACCUGAAAUCACGACCGAGAUAUUAUAAGUCUACGCAGGACUCCAUCGAAACGGCACGGCUCCUCUUCCAAACGUUUCCUUCCCUGGAAGUCGUCGAUUUCGAAGCAAGGAUGUGCUUACAAUACAACCGUUGGUAUCGAGGGUCAGAAUCGGCUGUGACUAUCCAGGUGAUCGAGAAGCAGACUUGGUGGAGCUACACUGUUCAUUGGUGGCAUGAUUGGGCUCAGAGCUACCGUGCUCUUCCCAUCGCAUCCUGA